GUGGCCGGUGAGGCUCUCCGGUGACGAUCUACCCUCAUUGCCCCACUGAAAUUAGGCAACAUCCAAGCUUCAACUCCCGGCUCCUAACCCUCAGCCCUGAAGAGGGGGGUGUCUCCCCAAUCACCCCUAAAAACGACAACAGAUCCAGCCAUCCAGUGCUUAUUGGGGGGCUAGCCUCAAUUUGUCAGGAGAGGCUAAUUAUUGCAGCACCCCCUCUCCCAUUAAAGUGUCCACCAAUAGGAGUUUUUGUCUACGUGAAAUCAGGGUGAGUAACGUCUAUGUGCUGGGUACGUCGUGGAAGCUGCACCCCUGGUCAGAUCUUCGGCUCAGUGACUCCAGAGGAACCACGUGAGAGCGACUGUGUGUCAGGGAAGCCUCCUGCUGACCGCCAGUCCGAAAUGGGCGUGUCCCUCUUUGUGACAGCAUGACAGGGUGUUCGACAUGCUGAUCAAGCUGACAACAGCCAGAGAAACGUAAGACUCGACAUUCAAAGGAGGUUCCUCACUUUCACACAAACAUGACAGCUUCUAAAGGUAAACCCCCAGUCCUUUAAAAGAGUAACUCGUAUGAACCAUCCUGGGGGAAGUCUGAUUGGUGGUUCCCCGGACACACAGCAAUUCACUGGCGCCCCCUGCUGGACGCUUAGUGGCUGGGCGGUGAGCUGAGUCACUCUUCGGCUGGCAGCUCUGGCUCAGCUCCUCCUGCCUUUUGGAACUGAAUCUGAUUGAGAUUCAUUCCUUUCUGUGUCUCUCUAUUUCUUAGGCACACACACUAACCAUCCUUCAAUGCACUGCUAGCACUCUCAGGAGGCUGCCUUUGUGAUGAUGGUUAUGACCUCCCUGUGACCCCAAUGAAGCUCCGCCCCAUUCUUUUCAUUGGCUGGUCACUUGGUGGCUUACUUUGCUGAACUGUUCCCCUUUGAACACCAGCCCUGUCAUCCUUCCAGGAAAUUAACUGAGAGAUACAGAAAAGCUAGUGGAACCUCUUAGUGCUCCACAGGUGCUGUAACAUGCUGUGAACAGCAGGUGGCAUGGUGGUUGUGUGUCCACGGGGCUUCCUGUGUAGCUGGGGUGAUAUGCAGCUGCGUGGGAGGGGACGCUCUGUCAGUAACCAGGCUACUCUGUUAAUAGGACCAAGGAGCUCAGGGACCAGACUGAGGGUCUUCAUGGACCAAAAAAGUUCUACUAGACAGGCUAAGGCAAGCCAGCUGUGAUUAUCUGUUUUAUUUAUUUGGCAAGUUAAUUUCCUCUGUCCAAUUUAUGCCACAAUCCAAUGAAUACUAACUGAUACAACUAGUUAGAAGGUCUGGGAUUAGAAAUUGCAUCCAACUCAUUAAAUAAAGUCCCUAAAGAACAUGCCAGACUGGUCACCAUCUUAUGCAGGGGCGUUUGUGUGUGAUGACACUGGGGCUCUACUUUCAGGGGUCUAACCAAUUGUUCCCUAGCUGUAGGUAAAUGUACCUUUCAGUCUAAUUGAAGGUAUGGAAAUGGACUCUGAUGAACAUGUUUGUAUCACUGGGGAUACAUUAAUGUUAUUUGUACCUUGAAGAAGAAAAGCGUACCAGGGCUGUACUCUUCUUUCAUUGCUUUGUGGAUGUGCUUCUCUUGCAUUUUCUCAGCUGGCUGUCUCUAGGUGGGCAGAGUUGGGCGAGUGGGAAUGUCUGUGAAGAUUUCACAUUCAGGCUGUAUGUCAAAGAUCAAUAUUGAUCAGCAUUUAGUGGUGCUGUGUUCCGGUGUCAGAGCUACAGGCAGGCUCCUGUUCCAACUGUCAGCUACUUUGGAUAAAAACAAAAAAUGAGCAGUAAAUCAUUAUUUUACAUCCACAAAAUCUACUACCCAGCAUAAAGCCCCGCCCACAUUAAGCUCCACCCAGUAUGAAGCCACACCCAUUUUUAAAGCCCUGGCAUGCAUGCAUCUCCAUGUUGCCACAUUGCUGCCAGUGGGAUUUCUCCAUGCACUUCACAAAUUGAUCACUAACAGCCCAGAGCUCCCUGCAGUGGAGGCACCAAGCCCCCUUUCUUUUUUUGGGAGGGGGGGCACCUUGGUUACUAAUUGCUACAUACAGGGACUAAAGAGGAAAUGCCAUAAAGUGACUCAUUGCUACAUCUGUGAAUAGUUAUUAAAGAAAGAAGAAAUAGUGGAAAAAACAAGACAGAUAUGUUACUCAGCACAGAUAGACGCUCUUACAGCAGAGCGACAUCAUAGGCAGCGGUGUGGGUAACAGCCUUAUAUUCCUGUUUUUGGCUCUCCUUCCAUGCCACAUGCUAGCUGCUAAUGAUAACACCUGCUCCUCAGGGGCUCCCCGUGCCUCCCUGCACCUCCCUGUUGCUGGCCUGAGCCUCCUGCUGGUUCCUCUCCAGCCUGAUUUUUCCUGAGCCGUCUCCUCUCUGCUAUAACCUCCUACUAACCCACUACCUAGAAGACCCCCUGUGUCAGUAUUCUGCAAAAGCCCAUUCUUACUUGGGUCUCCUAAUCCAUGGUUCUUCACUUAGUUGGGUUUCAUGCGUUUAAAAUUUAAUUUAGGUAAGAAAUCACAUCUAGACAUUAAGAUGAAUUUUUUGCUGAUGUAGUCAAACAGACCCGUUUUAAAAGUACGUGCUUUAUGGCUCCCUUGAAAAGGUUUAAUUCCCAAGCAUCAUACACUGACGUGAUACUCUGUUUGACAAAUGACAGGGGUUACGAUGAAGACCAGAUGCGUGGUAACUGUCCCGGAUGCGUGAGUGCACUAAAUUGCAUAAUGAAAAGAGAGAGUGAAUUACGAGCAGACCGUGCAGAUCUGGAGAGAUUUGCAUUCUGUACAGGGGCGGUCGUUGUUGCAGUAAGGAGCCCCCUGUCUGCCUGCUUUUCUUUGCGAUCAGGGGUGGGCUUUCUGCUGGAACAGGGCGGGGCAGCGCGCAUGCGCGCAUCCAAAGCCUCUGGUCCGAAAGGCUUCGCACUGAUUCGGAAAGGGGACGGUUCCGUGCGUUUCCUUAACUCGGUACCAGUGAGAGUAGCUGCCUAACGGAUUUUUCCGUAUUCCCUAUUAGAAUUUCCGUGAAUUUGAAAGAUUUGCAAUAAAUAAAAUCCGCCGUUCUUCUAAAGCUGCAGUAACCCGAGCAUCUGUGCCGAAAGAAAGACACCCACCCAGGCUCUCGACCUAUAACGGUGAAAAUGUCCGGCUAUCAGGGCAAGAAGAACAUCCCUCGCAUAACAGGCGUUUUGGUACCGGACAAGUGUCUGUGUGACAGUCACCCGCUUGUACAGCAGGCAUGUGAAAAAGGGACUGCAGGACAGGAAUGUCGCCAUGGAAGCUGCUGUCGAUGGGACAAAGGCGGAACAUCUGAAGUGGGCUCCGCUGGCGGAUGACAUGGGCGUGGUGCCUCCCGAGGAUGAAGGGUCAGAGGCGGAGUGGAAAUGGAUGAUUGUCCAAACCGCGCCCUACAUGGAAGCCAGGCCACGCCCUCCCUGGAAGCUGCAGUGGCAGAGUGACCGUCUGCUAAUCAAGGGAGGGAAGAUCGUGAAUGAUGACCAGUCCUUCUACGCUGACAUCUACAUGGAGGACAGCCUCAUCAAGCAGAUCGGAGAGAACCUCAUCGUUCCUGGGGGUGUGAAGAUCAUCGACGCCCACGGGCGGAUGGUCAUACCCGGCGGUAUCGACGUCCACACACGCUUCCAGAUGCCUGACCGGGGCAUGACGGCCGUCGAUGACUUCUACCAGGGGACACGCGCCGCCCUGGCCGGCGGUACCACCAUGAUCAUUGACCACGUGGUCCCAGAGCCAGGAGGCAGCCUGAUUUCGGCCUUUGAGCAGUGGAGGGACUGGGCGGACAGCAAGGCCUGCUGUGACUAUUCCCUGCAUGUUGAUGUGACCAGCUGGCACAAGGGGCUGCAAGAGGAGAUGGAGACUCUGGUGAAGGACCAUGGUGUGAACUCUUUCCUCGUGUACCUGGCCUAUAAGGACAUUUUCCAGCUCUCUGACUCCCAGAUCUAUGAGGUGUUCAGCGUCAUCCGUGACCUGGGGGCCAUCGCUCAGGUCCACGCAGAAAACGGCGACAUUGUGGCUGAGGAGCAGCGCCGGAUCCUGGAGCUGGGCAUCACUGGACCCGAGGGCCAUGUACUGAGCCGCCCGGAGGAGGUGGAGGCUGAGGCGGUCAACCGCUCCGUCACCAUAGCCAAUCAGACAAACUGCCCCUUGUACAUAACCAAGGUGAUGAGCAAGAGUGCCGCUGAUGUCAUCGCCCUGGCCAGGAAGAAGGGUACCGUGGUUUUUGGUGAGCCCAUCUCCGCCAGCCUGGGCACAGACGGCUCACACUACUGGAGCAAGAACUGGGCCAAGGCUGCAGCCUACAUUACAUCCCCACCCCUGAGUCCAGACCCAACCACCCCCGACUACCUCAACUCACUGCUGUCCUGCGGGGAUCUGCAGGUGACAGGCAGUGCCCACUGUACCUUUAACACUGCCCAGCGUGCCGUGGGCAAAGACGACUUCACACUCAUCCCAGAGGGUACUAAUGGCACCGAGGAGAGGAUGUCCCUCGUGUGGGACAAGUGUGUGGUGACAGGGAAGAUGGAUGAGAACCAGUUUGUGGCAGCAACCAGCACCAAUGCUGCCAAGAUCUUCAACCUGUACCCUCGCAAGGGCCGCAUCGCCGUGGGGUCCGACGCCGACCUCAUCAUCUGGGACCCAGAUGUCACCAAGAUCAUCUCUGCAAAGACCCACAACCUGGCUGUGGAGUACAAUAUCUUCGAGGGCACAGAAGUGCGUGGUAUCCCACUGGUGGUCAUCAGCCAGGGGAAGAUCGUGCUGGAGGAAGGCAACCUGCACACAACAGAAGGUUCCGGACGCUACAUUGGCCGCAAGCCCUUCUCUGACUAUGUGUACAAGAGGAUAAAGGCCCGCAGCCGGCUGGCUGAGCUGAGGGGGGUCCCUAGGGGACUUUAUGAUGGCCCAGUGUGUGAGGUGUCUGUUACCCCCAAGACCGUAACCCCUGCCUCCUCCACCAAGACCUCACCGGCCAAGCAGCCAGCUCAACCGGUGCGGAAUUUGCAUCAGUCAGGGUUCAGCCUGUCAGGUGCUCAGAUUGAUGACAACGUCCCACGGCGCAACACCCAGCGCAUUGUAGCACCCCCUGGUGGAAGGGCCAACAUCACCAGUCUGGGUUAAGCUUCCCAAAGCUCUUGGUUCACAGGGGAUGGGGGAUCAGCGAUUUAAAGGUCCUUUGUAGAAACCCCACCCACAUGUGAAUUUCUGCACACCCCCAAAAUACACAAACAAUCCCACCCCCCGCCCUUCACACCCACCCCCACACCUCCCCCACCCCACAUAAACCCAGCUGAAGAAACUGAUUAAUUGAAUAACUCUCAUGAAAACAAAUGAAAACCCAUCAUGUUAGAGAUCCAGAUCUUACUUCACUGAGUGUCAUCAACAUGCCGCACAGAUCUUCUGUUCUGAGGAAGAGUAGAGGGAGACAGUGGCAGUUUGAGGCCUCUUCAGUCACGAUUCCUUUUUUCUUUUUUUGUGUCUUUUGCUGUGCUGUCAGACCUGGCCCCAGCCGAAUCACGGGGCAUUUCUCUGUGACAUUUUUUCUUUAUUUAAACCGUUCCUCCCCCUGAUCAACAGGCCCCUAAUGGCCACUGUGCAGGUCUUCUGCUGUCCUGCCUUUGCCAGUUACCAGGUCAGCAUUACUCAGAGGUUACCAGGUCAGCAUUACUCAGAGGUUACCAGGUCAGCAUUACUCAGAGGUUACCAGGUCAGCAUUACUCAGAGGUCAUCUCCCUUCCCUGUCCAACAAACUUUAAUUCAGGCCAGUAUUACUGCUGAGUCACAGAGUCCCUCAUGGAGACUGUGCUUAUCAGUUCCCCAUGUGGGCAUUUUGGGGAGGGGGGGGGUCACAGCGAUGAAGCUGCUUGCUGGCCCCCCCACCCUGGUCCCGAGAGUCACCCUGUCAGUGCCAGUCAGCUGUUGUGCUGGCCCUCCGCUUCAAUGCGCUGGUCAUUUCUGAGUUUGCCAUGUCACUCGUGCUCUUGAGGAGCUCGCACUCUGGCUCACAGGCUUCGUCAUGAGCCAAGCCUCUGUUUGCUUGCUUGACCCCCCCCCCCGCCCCCCCUUCCCGAUCUGCUGCGUAGCCUUGGUCUGGCUUUGGGCAGCGACAUCAUGCGUGCUGGAUUUUCUGCCAUCUUCUACUCUGGAUCCCCGGUUGUUUUAGUUAAAUGGUUGCCAGGGCAACAGGCUCCUGAGUCACCCCUGAUUGGCCCCUCAUAGCUUUCUGUUUGUCUUGACAACUGCUUUGGAUCUGAUGUCACCCCUAGCAACACUCCCAGACCUGGUGCUAUUAGAAUAACAGACCGGGAGUGGCCUGCCUCUGCACUGAGGCCGCAGGCAGUUUGUGAACUGUUCCUCCUUGCAGAAGAUUCCUUCAGCCAUGUCCUUCUCCUGUCUGAGAGCUACAGUGUUUUUGAAUAGGAGAGAUGUUUCUGCUCUGACCCAGUCAGGAGGUUCCUUUUUCCAUUGGACUGUCCGUUCCUGCCUGACUAUCUGAGUAACUCAGAGACAAAUGGACAGACUCUGAGUUUAGAGCCUGAGUACUUUUCUCUUUCCUUGUGCUAAGUGUGGCCUCCUUGGUCACUGUCAUUGGUCCAGAGGGACAUGCGGAUGCCGUGUCGUGUGUCGAGGGGAGGAGUCUCCCCGUCUGCUUCUCACCACAACAGAAGCCACGCCCAGCAGCUCCAGCUGCCCCCAAAGGCCAGUAUUGGUGCCGAAAUCCAGGGGGCCACCAGGCCAGCUGUCCACACCCCCCAGUGACUUAUGCUCCUCAGAAUGCACCCAGCCACCCCCUGCCCAGCCCUAGCCCUGUGUGUAACAGCCACACCCCAGUCCUGCCUUGGCUGUGCCCCAGCCCUGUCCGGUCCUGCCUGGCCCCGCCCCUGCCCUACCUGGCCCCGCCCCAGCCCUGUUGGCGCUGCUGUUUUUCUAUACCAUGCUGGUGUGUGAUGUUAGUAAAGUGCAGAUUGAGUGAUGUUUUUUUAUUUUGAAGCUGUUACGACCCCCCUCCCCCAGCUAAUGCCCCUCCCCCCUUGAUAAAAGUGAAGCUCACCGUGGUUUAUGUUUCAUAAGGAUGUGUCAACUUCCACUGCUGUUUGCUUCCGAAUGAUAU